UGGUGGUGUGAGAAGGGGAACUGGUUGAACGUCGAAAAAUAAUAAUUUAGCGGACUUCCAAUAGUUUGACCGUUUAAUCGUUAACGACUUUAUACAGAACAGAAAUGUCUAGACGUUAUGAUUCAAGAACAACGAUCUUCUCACCAGAAGGUCGACUUUAUCAAGUUGAGUAUGCUAUGGAAGCCAUUGGUCAUGCUGGUACCUGCUUAGGAAUCUUAGCCAGCGAUGGGGUUGUGCUUGCUGCCGAAAGGAGAAACACACACAAACUGCUUGAUGAAGUUGUAUUCUCAGAGAAAAUUUAUAAACUAGACAAUAAUAUUGCAUGUAGUGUUGCUGGAAUUACCUCAGAUGCCAAUAUCCUUACAAAUGAAUUAAGACUAACAGCUCAAAGGUAUCUACUACAAUACCAAGAACCAAUACCAUGUGAGCAACUUGUAAGUUCUUUAUGUGACCUCAAACAAGUCUACACACAAAAUGGAGGUUUACGUCCAUUUGGUGUGUCUAUCCUUUACAUGGGCUGGGAUAAGUAUUAUGGAUUCCAGUUGUAUCAUAGUGAUCCAUCUGGCAACUAUGGUGGAUGGAAAGCAACAUGUAUUGGCAACAAUAGCUCAGCUGCUGUUUCAAUGUUAAAGCAAGAAUACAAAGAAGAGGAGACCUCAAUAGACAGUGCCCUCGCCUUAUCAGUUAGAGUUCUUAGCAAAACAUUGGACAUGACAAAACUGACACCAGAAAAAUUUGAGCUGGCAACCUUAACAAGACAAAAUGGCAAAACCAAGAUCACCAUCCUGCCGGAAAAAAAGGUACAGGAACUGAUCAAGUCAUUUGAGGAAGAUGAAGCAAAGAAAGAAGCUGAGAAAAAAGAGAAAGAAAAGGAAAAGAAAUAAAAUAAACUUUAGAUACCAGAUAACUACAUUUGGUUGCACUCUACGUGAAAAGAAGACACAUAAUAAGUAAAACAAGUUUCUGGGCAUCAGUUGAUUUGCCUAAUAGUUAUGUAGUACUUGAGGCACACCAUUAUGCCUGCCGCUUGCUACCACCGCUGAUCUCUACUCUAAUAGUUACCACGCCUAGGGGGAACCACCAGGCCUGUAGAUCACCACCAUGCCUGCAACAUGUUACCAUACCUGCAGGUUCCAACCAACAAGCUUGCAGUACACCAACAGGUGUAGCACCUAGCUAUACUUGUAGCAUGCCUUGAUGUCUGCAGCAUGCAACCAUGCCUGCAACAUGCCACCACAUCUGUCUGAGCUGCAGCACAGGGUUUUUUGAUCAGCUCAUGUUGGAUGGGUCACUCUCACUAAAGCAUUGACAAAUCAGUUUGUUACAAGACAAGUCUGUCUAAUAAUACACAGUAACUAAAGUGCGAAAGUGUGGAUUUAAUUGUAACACAGGUUUAUUAGAAUCUGUGGCCUGAUUUGAGAAUUUAUAUAGCAAUGGUUGUGUGAUUUUUCUGAUACUGUAUUAAAAAAACUGUGUUUUUGAAACCUGAAUAAAGUUUCAGUGAUGUAAA